AUGUCCAAUCAUUCCUCCAGUGCUUCUUUUUCGACUGUCCUUCAAACCAUCAACAUGUCUCCUCCGCUUCGAAAACACCGCUCUCGAUUCCCGCUUUUUGACAGUGUACAGAGAGUGUCCUACUCGUACUCUUCCAAAAACAGCACUGCAAACCCGUCCUCUGCCAACGUCACCGGCUACUGCGACAACGUGUUGGACACAGAUACCCAAGAUGAGCUGUCCAAGUGUCACAACCCCGACGAAGUGGUUGCUCUGGACGUUGUUCUGGGCAAGGGCUCGUUUGGAAAGGUGUACAAGGGCCGCAUUCGAAAGACCAACCAGGUGUGUGCUGUUAAGCAGGUGAACCUGGACGAGGAAGACGAUAUCGACGAAAUCGCCCUCGAGGUCAACUUCCUGGCGUCUCUCAGAUGUCCCUUCAUCACCGAAUACUACGGCUCUGUGGUGGACAACAGAGACUACACUCUGUGGAUUCUCAUGGAGUAUUGUGGCGGCGGCUCGUGCGCCGAUCUCAUCAAGAGCCAGCCGUUUCGAGAGGACCAUAUUGCAGUGGUCAUGAGAGACACGCUGCGAGGCCUCGAGUACCUGCACAAACAGAGAAAGGUGCACAGAGAUAUCAAAGCCGCCAACAUUCUGCUUACGACCGAGGGAGAUGUCAAGUUGGCCGAUUUUGGAGUCUCUGGCGAGAUGGGACUGUCCAUCAAAAAGAUGAGGUCCUUUGUCGGUACUCCUUACUGGAUGGCACCUGAGGUGAUCAGCAAGGCUGGAUACGACUACAAAGCUGACAUCUGGUCGCUUGGAAUUACCGCCCUCGAGCUGGCUGACGGCUCACCUCCCCUCUCGGGUCUUUCUCCCAUGAAAGCCCUCUCCGUCAUUCCAGACAGAGAGUGCCCCAGUCUGCCUCACGGGAACCAGUUUACCGAGCUGUUCAGGGAGUUUAUCGAUGCGUGCAUGUGCAAAGACCCCGACAGCCGUUCGUCGGCCACCCAGCUUCUGACUCUCAAGUUUGUGAGGACUACCAAAAGGCCCUCUAUUCUGGUUCCGCUCAUCCAGCAGCACCACAAGUUUGUACGCAAACUGAAGCCUGCGCAGAAACGCGUUCUCAAUGCCCCGCCAUACAAGGGAGAGCAGACCGCCUGGGACUUCAGCAGUGACGCUCCCACCACCCCCAGUCCUCUCAUUUCAGCCGCCUCGGCCAGUACAUUUACUACAGCCUACACUGAUGCAGCCGAGGGAGACGAGGGCGAGGAAGGAUGGAAGGAAGCGGAGAAGGAACAACUUUCGGAGUACCCCCAGCCCUUCAACGGAGUGUCUCGAACUCCAGGGAUCUCCCACAUUGAGAUUCGGCCGGAUUCCAGCCUGUCAACUGCUCUGUCGAUUCACCACCCUGAGAAGAGGGCUCGAUACGAGACUCCGCCUCCCUCGUCGCCCGUAUCGACUGUGCUACAGACAAUCCCUGUUCAGGCAGAGUCUUCCCUGCGCUCCUUUCAGCAGCAUGCAUUCCCUCCGUACACUCCGAAUCAGUCUCCUCAGCGUUCUCCAAGUCUGUAUCCUGAUCAGAAGCGGGCACAGCUCCUCUCCCACCUCAUGUCUAUCGAGCAGGAGUACCCCGGCAUCUCCGAGGAGCUUCUUGUGCAGGUGUGCCACUCGUCUCCUCGAGGCCCGUACUCGGCGCUCUCUCCCCCCAUAUCUUCCAAGUCAGGGUCCUCUUCCCCUGGUCGGGCAGGAGUGAACGCCGGAAACCGACCCUUUGGUGCGUUCCACCAGUCAGGCAUCAUUUGCCCCCUGCCCCGGUCUCCAUUGACGGCCGCCACGUCUGCCGCUUCUUCGCAUAUGGCGCCACAGGCCAGUCCUCUGAAGCGCACCCACAGUGUAUUCCACAAGUUUGGCUCUAACAGUCCCAAGAUGGCUACCACGGAUACGAAUAAGGAGGGAUACUAUCUCGCGCCCGUGACACCUCCUCCGGGUCCUCGUUGCCAACCCAGUCGUGUUGACGUUACCCAGUGGUCAGAGCGGUGA